GAAAUAUUAUGUUUAUUUGCAACCUCGAACCCAGGGCCUGUAGCGUUUUUUGAUAUGAGGAUGAAACGCGUACGAGGCCCUGGUACAACAGACUGAAAUUCGCCCAAAAUUAAGCAUGCAGAGAAACGUAAUGUAUGCGUGACGUUUUCGAUCGAAGAUGGUGUUCUAGUGGCGGGAGGGUACUUUAGCCAGCGCUACCUAUAGCUACACUGUAAAAUUACAGAGUAAAUACAACCCUUAAUGGCUUUCUAGUCAUUUUGUGGUGUAUGAUACAUAUAGUAUUGUAUAGUGGAAACAAUCCACUAACUAUAGGUUUUUGUGAUUUUCUGGGAUAGCCACUUUAAAUGUUUAUUAUUAUUCUUAUUUUAAAUAUUAUAGAAUAGAAUUUCUAAAUUUUACAUCUACGUCAAAAAUAACAGAUGAUGCGAUGGAACCCUUCGCAAUUUUGGAGAAAAUUCAAAGAUCUCUGGAGUGUCGAAAUUUUCCUGACCUUAACUUUAAACCCAAACAAGUCAAGUGCUUGGAGUCCAUAGUAAGAGGACAGGAUGUCAUUGGGGUGUUUCCAACAGGAUAUGGGAAAUCUUUAAUUUUUCAACUGUUACCAGAUGUCAUAAGAAACAAAGACGAAAAAUCUUCAAUUGUCAUUGUAAUCACUUGUUUAAACGCAAUUAUGGAAGAUCAAGUGAAUUUUCUGAAAAAAGUAGGAAUGACUUGCUACAUCCUACGUGACUUAAAUUUUGAGGAGAAUGCUGUACAGACGUUGUUUGAGGAUAUCUGUCUGAGUGAUAAAACAGAAGAUGUCUUACCAUCAUUUGUAUUGGAUGGUCAUUGUGACUUCCUAUUUUGCCAUCCAGAGGCUAUAUUGAGUGAGAGAGGAAGAACUUUGAUGAAAACGAAAAUUUAUCAAAAAAAUGUCAAAGCUUGUGUCAUUGAUGAGGCUCACUGCUUGGACACCUGGGGAAAAGAAUUUCGCAAAGAAUUUGAAAACGCAAUGCGAGCUUUUUUUAGAGAGGUACCUUUUAUCGCACUUACAGCUACCGCAACAGAAAAAACACUGGCUAAAAUAAAACAUAUACUUGGAAUGAAAACCCCAACAAUAAUAUCUGUUAAUCCAAACAGAAAAAAUGUAUACAUGUGCAAAGAAAAGAGAAAAGUUGGUGAAGAAGGUAUUGAAAAUAUCAUCUUGCCACUUGCAAAGGAGCUAAAAUCACUAAAGAAAAGUUUUCCUCAAACUAUUAUAUAUUGUGGAUUGAGGUUUUGUGGGUAUAUAUACAAGUUAAUAAAAAAUGUAUUAAAGGAACACAUGUAUGUUGAAAACAUAACAAACCCUAGCAAUUGUUUAAUUGUGCAAUUUCACGCACCACAAACAAAGUGAAUGAAAAACGAAAUUCUCCUUGAAGUUGCAAAAGAAGUUUCAAACAUUUGCGUUAUAAUAGCAACUUCUGCGCUUGGUAUGGGUGUUCAUGCACCCUAUAUCGAACAAAUUUUCCAUAUAAGUCCACCAAGUACCAUCAAAGACUAUAUGCAGCAAUUUGGACGGGCUGGUCGAAGAGGGCAAGAAGCAUUGGCAAGAUUGUACUAUACCGGGCAUGAUAUCAGCAGUAGGCGUUUAAAACAAAAUAAAGUUGAUGAACAUAUGGUGAAUUUUUGUACUACGACACAAUGCCUUCGUAAAGUAUUGAUGAUUCACUUUGGAUAUCAUUAUCAACCCCAGGAUCAAUGCUGUAGCAAUUGUGAUUCUUCACUCUUGAAAGAACCUAAAAAAGAGGAACGUAUUAAAUAUAGAGAAGUAUCAGAUGAGAGUUUAAAGAAAAAAUUAAAAAUGGCUGAGAUACCUUCAACUCAUUCCAAAUUGCCUCAAUAUUAAAGUUAUUCAUAUCUUCAAAUAAUGUCCCAUAUAAAACACUACCAUUCUUUUUCUUGCAUAAUUCUUUUGACUUUCUUUCAAUAGAUGCUGUGAUGAUACAUUUUUGUGAGAAGUAAAUGCUGGGUAUGAGAGAUGAGAUAUUUGCGAUUGUACUUGGUAUUCUUAAUUUAACUUUCUGAUUGAUAUGGUCAACUUGAUCUUCACUUAAUAGUCUUGAUUGAAAUACAAAUCUGUCUUUAUGGUACACAGACUUAUCAUAUUCCACUGUUGAAUUCUGUGAUGUGCUUCCUGCUUUUUCAUAAACCAGUUGUUUUUUUGGUGACACUAUAAAUCAAGAUAGUAAAUUUGAAGAAUAUAUAUAAAAUAUAAAAAAGUAUACAUGUAUAUGCAUAGUAUAUAUAAAAAAGAUAUAUGUAAUUUUUAAAACAUAGGUAAGAAAGAAUGUAUAUUUUACCUCUGAGUUUCUUUGUGGUACAUUUUUGUUCUGGUGACGAUAUUACCCUUUUCACACUGCAAUUUUUCCGAAAGCUUAUCUGUGCAUUCCGACACAAAAUCUUAAAUUGUACAAAGUUUUCAAUUUUUCUUUCACAUUUACGACAGAUUAUAUCAUUUAUGUUAUCAGUUUGCACAAUUGUGAUACCCACAGUGCCUUGUAUUUUCUCUUGAAGUUGUUUUGAUGUUCCAAUAUUUCCAAAAAUUUGACUAAAUCGUUUUAAGUCAGUCUCAGCACACAGUCUACACACUUUAUCACAUCCACUAUAAACUUUAUGUGGUGUGAUAUUUUCUUUCCCUUUGCCUAAAAACAAAGAUUUAUAUUAGUUGUUAUUUUUUGUAUAUAUAUAUUUCCUUUUAUUUAUACAGCUAGCUAUACUUUAUUUCCUAAAAUAUUUUUUAAUGCU